AUGUCAUCAGACAAGAUGUUGAAUAAUACAUUAUUUAUUUCAACGAAAAACUUUCCAUUAUGCUCCAUAUUACGAAUAAUCGGUUAUUACUUCAUCGUUCUAUGGAUAACUGGAAUGAUUCUCAAUGGUUCGGUACUUUAUAUAUUGGUUCGCAACAAGAAAUUACGUCAAUCAUCAACUAAUAUACUCAUUGGUGGCUUAUUAUUAGCGGAUCUCAUUGGAACAUAUUUUGAAAUACCACUACCCACUUUUUCACUUCUCUCUUGCAGAUGGAUUUUUACCUAUACGGGCUGUGUUUUUGAAGCGAUGAUCGUCUAUUUCGCUGGUUGUUCAAAUAUAUAUAUGCUGUGUUUGAUUUCAAUUGAUCGAUACAGAAAAAUCAUUCGGCCAUUUUCAGCACAAAAAGCAAAUAUCAAACAAACCUACUUAACAAUUGCCGUUGCUUAUCUCCUAUCACUAUUUUGGACUGUUAUGCCCUUACUUGGAUGGUCAGACUAUGACUAUGAGGGUAUCAGAAUAUCGUGUAGUAUCAAAUGGACUGGGAGAUCAUUCAAUAUAAUUAGUUACAAUAUAACGAUAUUUAUUUUUGUUUACCUUGUGCCAAUUACAAUUAUCAUAGUGACGAAUACCAAAAUCUAUCUGUCCAUUCGCAAUCGAUGGCAACGCUCAAUGUUAAAUUUGAAUUGCAAUCGCGUGAAGCAUCAACAUAAAAUCGAACGUCAUAUACUCAACACAAUCAUACUGAUCAUUGGUGGAUAUCUCAUUGCUUGGACUCCUUAUGCGAUCAUUGUUUUCAUUCGCAUAUUCAUCGACACAGAUCGUAUUCCUGCCAUCGUCGAUACGCUUCCAGCGUUAUUUGCCAAAUCAAGUUUAGCCUGGAAUCCAUUUAUAUAUAUAGUCCGCAAUGGAAACUUUCGUACGCACAAGCCAAUCCUUUUCCCACGGCAACAUCCUACCCAGUGUGAUAAAAACUCCAAUAAAAUUAAGUUUUCUAUAUAUCCGUACUCAUUAGUUCAAUUUAAUCUUCCUACACGAUUGCAUGUUCGUUCAGGAUGA